CAGACCUCAAUGAGCCAAGUUCUAAUCAUGGAUCAACAUGGAGAUCUUUUGCUGAAUACCCUCGACGCUCUGAUGGUAGUAGUUUGUCAAGAGUUACAAUGAGGAACUCGGAGGAGUAUAAAAAAAAGAAAGAAGAGUCUCGGUGCAGACAAAAGUUAAAAAGGGAAAAGAUAAUUCGUCGGCGGGAAGAAAAGAGAGCAAUGCAAAGAGCUCGCUUACGUGAACGCCACAGGCAGCAGGAGAUCUUUGACCAGUUGCAGCAACGUUGUCAAUCUCCAAAAGAAGGAGUUGUCAUUGCCAUUUCACCACAAAAAAUUUCCCCAGCCAAAAAAAAAAAUAAACAUGACAGAGAUUCUUAUUUAUAUGAUAGGUUUAAGCUGAAGACCUUGCAACAAGAAAAUGGCCUGUCCACUUUAAGCCAAGAGGACAAAAAUGAGUCCAGCAAAUCUAGUAGCAGUAACACAUCCAAAGAAAAAUCUACACAAAAUUUAGAGACCGAUGACAAAGUUCUGUCCAACAUUGAGAGCAUUAUUGAUACAGUAGUAAGCAGUUCAUCGCCUUUGAGUGGUUUAGAGGAUAUGUUGGACUCAGAAGCAAGCACAAAUGUUGAGGACAGUGAUGAUGACACAGAAGUGGAAAGUUUAAAUGAAGAUUCUUCCACCUCUGAUGACUCUGCAUCAAAACCAUCCGUGACAAAAAUGUCAAAGGAGAGGAGACAUUAUAAAACCCGUGGCUCCUGGAACGCCGUGACCUCUGCAUCCCCCGAAGCAUCUGAUCCUGACAGCCCAACCCCAGCAGUGACCAGGAGAAGCACGAGACAAGGAAAGAGGGUGAACUACACAGAAACUUAUGAUGAUAUCGAGGAAGGCUAUGAGUCAACAGAUGAGGAGUGCAUCACAUCUGCGCAGAAAGGAAGCAAUAAUAAAAGCUCUGAGAAAUCCUCAAAGAAAGUUUCUAGAAAAAGAAAAAUUGUUGACAGCACCACAGAGAAAGAACUCAAGGUCAGCUCGCCUAGAGCAGAGGAGGCCAAGAAAGACAAAGUGGAUAAUAAUCGAGACCCUCAAGUCUUGAAAUCCACCUCUGAAUACUUAGGAUUAAGCAAUUUCUUUUCACCAUCACCAUUGCUGAUGUCAACACCCUUAACAAACACAUUUUCUAUGCACUCUAACUUAACACAAGGGCAAUAUCCAUCUUUUCCUUCUAGUCAGCCAAGAUUGCCAUGUAAUCCCCUGUUUUCACAAGACUCAUCUCACCCUCUCAGCUAUGAAAGCCCGCCAUUGUUUAUUCCGCCAGCACCCCACUGUGUUCAUCCUCAACUUCCACCCUCACAUAGGCCACCUUACAUGUCACAGCGGGGAUUUGAUUCGCCUGGUGGCUACUUCUCUUCUCCACCGCAUUUGUAUCCAAAUCUGAUGCCCCCUGCACCCAUGUUUUUACCAACCCCUCUACCUCACUGGUCACACAAUGGUCUAGCGAAGGACUCUAAUGUUUUAGGAAAUGUGAAACAACAUCCUGACCCUGUCAACUCUAAUACACAAACACAUGUUUUGUCACCCUCUAUUGCACCUGCGGUGACC